UGUACUUAUAAUCACUUUAGCCGUAAUCCUUGCUUAAAUUACUAAACUUAAACAAAAAAAAAGACGUUAUCUGGAGAUAACGUACAUAUUGAUGAUACAAGCAGCAUUGACGAUAUAUAUCAGUAAAGGAUUCGAAUGAAAGGCAUACAUGUCAACCUUUCUGCCCGCUGCGGCUCGCUACGGUCAGUAAUGAGGCUGAACCCUCAGCUUGUUGAUGAUAACCAAAACUAAUCACACGUGGCGAAAUAGGCUCGCUCCUGGCUUUUGCGUAUCUCAGCAUUCUUUUAUCACGACAUUAAAAUGCUUCCUGCUUUUUUCCCGUUGUAACAACAAUGUUAAAUCCCAAAGCGAUCGAAUUCAAACCUGGACAAUUCGGCACACCAACAACGCCAUCGCAAUCACCAGAAGUACAAGAAACACAAGAAAAAGCACGUCCACCACCAUCACAACAGCAGCAACAGCAUUCCAAAAAACGACCACCAAAGCCAAAACACCUACAGCAGCCAAAGCAUCGCAGUAAAUCAGAUCGUCGAUCUAGCACAGAUCAGCACCCACCUCCUCCAUCACCAAGUAAAAAAACAAGCAAGCCCAAGAACCAACAAAAGCAACAGCAACAAGCGCCGUCACCAGGACGCCGGCAUAAAGCGUCGUCCUCUGCGCAACAACAAACAUCGUCUUCGUCAUCCUCAGCUCAACAAGGAGACACUGAUGGCUUUGGAUUAUUGACAAAAUUUAUAACUAUUGAAGAGGCAAUUGAUCCUGUGUUUCGUACCCGGCCGGGAGAGGAUGGUAGCAAAAGUAUUGAUGGAAGUGAGACGGCAGGCAAACUGGUGCACGGAUACGAGCGUUACAUUGAAUGGAUGACGCGAUGCUUACGAGCAUUUGAGACCAUAACUGUGGUUGGCAUGGACUAUGCUAUUGCCGAUGUGGUGUCUCUGGUUACAAUCCUGCAGCGGCGGAAGAUAGGGGAGCACGAAGAGGUGGAGACGUUUACAUUAGACCAGGGCAACAAGCGCUACACAAGUGGCAUUCAAGUCAAAUUGCAUCUGUGUGCCUAAUUUAGGAUAUGCCUUUUCCUUUCCUUUCCUUCUCUUCUUGGCAAAGAUUUAUUUGUUUUGUACCUUCUUCUCUUUCUCCCUUCUCUUUUUAAAAUCACUCUCUUAACAACGAACAAGCCUUCGUUCUAUUAUACCUACGAAACAGAAAGAUAAUAUAACGGGCCGGUUUCCUCCUUCUCUAUUUUCCUUUCAUUUUCCAUUCCAAUAUCAUUGAUAUUGAUAGCAUAAUAGCUACUACCGACGCACGACAUCACAUACGCUCCUUGACAUCUACUGACGAAGAAGACGACGACGACGACGAUAAUAGCAGCAUAACCAACGACAGCACAGAGUACCCGACU